AGAUCAUCCUCCCCCCAGAACGAGGGCUCAGAUGACCUAGAAGUCUCUCCUCUAAAGAAAAAAGUCGCAGAAGUUGAUUCUGAUGAAUUUCCAACCACAUCUGGAAUUCCCUUGAAAGUUUAUGAUAAUCUUCAGACUAGGAAUCCAAGUUCUGACUCAGAACUUAGCAACUCAGAACGGCAGGACCAAGGUUCUACCCCAAGGCUGAGGAGGACCAGAAGCAUACAGAUGAACAACCGGAUUCAUUUCGAUUCAGAUGAGCUUUUUGACCCAACCUCAGGUGACAGUGGAGAGGAAUAUAUUCCUGACACAAGUGGGGAUCAUUCUGGUUCUGACGCCAGCGAAGUUAUUGGGCCAGUUGACCAGAAAGAGAGCAUGCGCAAAAGCCUAAAUCUAAGCAGGAUGGUUAACAUCAGAGAUGGAUGUCCCUCACCAACAGAACUGAACAGUGGCUCUUCAGAACAGGAGCUUAACAGAGGACGCUCACCAUCAAGAAAAGAAACCACCUCUAGUAGACGUAAAAGGCGAAUUUCAAGCAGAACUGGUCACUCUUCAAAGCAGAGUGGAAUUGGAGAGACUGGAGAUGUGUUGGAAAACUUGACACCUGCUCUGGAGCAAAAUCUUCCCGAUAGUACCUCUUCCCCACUUAACGAUAUGGCUGACAGUUCACUUUCCAUAUCUGCUGUCUGCAAAAAGGAGAAUGGGUCAAGAAUGUAUAACAAGAAGCAAUAUUGUUUGUACUGUAAGUUAGGAGUCAUAAAAAUGUCAAGACAUUUGGAGCGUGCUCAUCACAAUAAGCCAGAGGUUGCCCAGGCUGUAUCCUUCCCAAAAGGCUCCAAAGAAAGAAGAAUGCAUCUGGAAAAUUUGAGAAAUAGGGGCAACUUUGCACAUAAUCUUGAUGUAUUAAAUGCUGGUGCUGGAGACCUUGUUCCUCGUAAGAAGCCAAAAAAGGAUUCUCAAGCACAGAAUUUCCUGCAUUGUGUAUAUUGUCAUGGCUAUUUCACCAAGAAACUCCUUUGGCGGCACAUGACUAUCUGCAAGUUCAAGCCUGGUGGUCCACAGAAACCUGGUAAAACCCGUGUCCAGGCUCUCUGUGCAUUUGCUGCACCUCCACCACCUGGUGUCAGAGUUGAAUUUUGGAAGAUGUUAAGCAGCAUGGUUCAAGAUGAAGUUUAUUUUGCUGUCAAAUCUGAUACCUGUAUCUUGGAAUAUGGUGAGCAUCUAUAUAACCGGCUUGGAUAUGAUGUUGGCAAACAUGAAUACAUUCGGCAGAAACUGAGAGAGUUGGGAAGGCUUCUGGUAUGCUCAAGGAAAACUACUCCCUUGAAGACCAUUGAAGACCACGUCAAACCUGCAAAUUUCAUGCAUGUUGUGCAAGCAGUGAAACAAGUGGCAGGCUUUGACAGUGAAACCAGUAAGUACAAGUGCCCAAGUCUCGCUCUCAAAAUUGGACAUAGCUUGACAAAAAUUUCACUGCUUGUUGAAAGCCGUGCAAAUGUGCAGAACAACCACGCUGCAGCAAAGGAUGCUCGUACAUUCCGUAGAGUAUAUGAAUCCAGAUGGAAUGAACAGAUAUCAGCUGCAUCACUGAGAACACUCCAGGAAUCCAAGUGGAAUGCCCCUCUGUUGCUUCCAUUCACAAAAGAUGUCCAGACUCUCCAUUCUUAUUUAGAUGAGCAACAACAAAAUAUCCUAAGUAAACUGUCCACAGAGACAUGCCCUCAGGCAUGGAGACAGCUGGCCAAGAUCACUUUGACACAAGUCAUUUUGUUCAACCGACGAAGAGCAGGGGAGGUGUCCAAAAUGCCCCUCUCUGCAUAUUUGUCUCAAAACCCAUCAGACCCUCAAGAAGAUAGAUAA